GUAAAUACCGCAAACUCUUAGCAGAGAAAGUGAAGAUCUUGGUUCUUCAUGUGCCUUCUCAGCACAUGAAAAUGUACCAAACAAUUUCAUCACCUUUCUCUGCACCUACCUAAGUUUUAUACUUUCACAUCUAAAAAGUUCUUUAAACCUUGAGAGUUCUGAUAGGAUCCAGUGCGUUUAGUAUCACACUGACAUUGACAAUUUUGGCAUUUCUGCUGGACGAGAGUGAACCAAUUUCUUCAAGAUUUCCCAGUAGAUAGAAGUGAUUGGAGAUUUAAUUUAUGUUUUCAAUCGGAGUUCUGGAGAGACGUAUCAACAGUAAGCAUUUACAUUUGGAGUUCAACGUGAUGAUUCGAUUUAUGCAUAACAUUGUUACUCUGUUCUGAUCGAAAUACUUGAAUCUGAUUUGAUCCGACUGGGAGUUCCAGCUUCUAGGUUUGCCUCAAGAAGUGAUCAAGUCUCUUGGCAAUCAUGGCGUGCAGUUGUGUAUCCAUAAUAAACUCUCCUGUGACCAAAAGCUCUAAAGAUUCGUGGAUGGAGCAAGACAACUUUCGGGGGUCAUUUUCGAGCAAAGGGAGUCGUGAGAAGGCUCAAAUGAGAAGAUGCUAUUCCGACAACCACCUGAGCUGUCGUGCAAAUCGUAUCCAGAGUUUGGAAACACAGCCAAAAUUGAAGAGUAGUCGUUCCACAGGAGGUCCCUUUAAACUUCAGUUGUCAAGUUCGUUCCUCCCUGAUUCUCUUCGGUCAUUCUUGUUUGAUAGUGAGACCAGUGAGGAUAUUAACAUAGAGGGCGUUAUCUUCGAGACUGGCCAUGAUACUGAUCAUGAUCACGAUCGUGACAACAAUGGGAUGGAGGCUGAGGAAGAGACGAGAAGGUCCAAUUGGAUUCGAAGGCUCGUGGAGCUAAGGAGAAAUUGGAUAGAGAAACAGAAGGAGGACGAUGCAGAGAUACUUGAAGACAACAUAGAAAAUAGUGGUGAAGACUCUGAGGAGGAAGGUUGUGAAGUAGAUUAUGAUGAUGACAAUGAUGCAGCAGACGAGGUGAACAUUGAUAGAGAAUCCUUCUCCGGGUUGUUAAGGAGAGUCUCCUGGUCAGAGUCCAAGCUUUUCUCUCAGCUGGCUUUCUUAUGCAACAUGGCUUAUGUUAUUCCCGAGAUCAAGGCGAAGGAUUUAGAAAGAUGCUACGGACUGGACUUCAUAACAUCUUCCUUAGAGAAAAAGGCAGAAGCUAUGGCUAUCAAAGCCAAGUUCAACAAGGAUUCAAUUCGUAUUCCAGUGCCAUCAUCAGAUAAGUCAAUGCUUAAUUCAGAUAAAACAGAGGAAACGGAGCAUAAGCAUCUACCUCGGCCAUCUGUUGCUUAUGAUAUAGCAGCUUCUGCAGCAUCUUAUGUCCACUCCCGUGCUAAGGGCCUGUUAUCGCUUGGCAGUGAGUCCAAAUUGGCAGUUGAUGAUGCGACCUUGAAAGGCAACAAAAGGUGCUCAGCAGAUGAACAAGACUAUUCUUCCCAAAGAGUAUACAAGUCAGAGAUGGCGGCAUAUGUAGCUGCAUCAACAAUGACAACAAUGGUUGCAGCUGAUGAGAAACAAAAGCUGGAGGCAGCGAUGGACCUUCAAUCACUUCAAUCCUCACCUUGCGAAUGGUUUAUUUGUGAUGACUUAACCACAUAUACUCGUACUUUUGUUAUUCAGGGAUCAGACUCAUUGGCAUCAUGGCAGGCAAAUCUCUUCUUUGAACCCAGCAACUUUGAGGAAAUGGAUGUGUUGGUUCAUCGAGGAAUUUAUGAAGCUGCAAAAGGAAUAUAUGACCAAUUCAUGCCAGAGAUAGUGGAGCAUCUGCAGAGGUUUGGCAACAAGGCCAAGUUUCAAUUUACUGGCCACUCUCUAGGAGGAAGCCUCUCACUUCUGGUCAACUUAAUGCUGCUAACUCGGAAGGUCGUCAAACCAUCCUCUCUUCUACCAGUUGUCACUUUUGGAUCACCAUUUGUGUUCUGUGGUGGUCAAAAGGUACUCAAUGAUUUGGGUUUGGAUGAGAAUCAUGUGCAGUGUGUGAUGAUGCAUAGAGACAUUGUUCCAAGGGCAUUUUCAUGCAACUACCCAAACCAUGUGGCCCAAGUCCUCAAACGUUUAAACAGUACAUUCAGAUCCCAUCCUUGUCUGAAUAAGAAUAAACUGUUAUACUCUCCAAUGGGAAAGAUAUUCAUCAUCCAGCCUGAUGAGAAGACAUCUGUCCCUCACCCUUUGCUUCCUCCAGGCAGUGGCCUUUAUUCCCUAGACACCACCCAUUGUGCAUUUACUAGGAGAGCUUUCAGAGCCUUUCUGAAUUCUCCACACCCAUUAGAAAUUCUAAGUGACCCUACGGCAUAUGGUUCUGGUGGUACAAUUCUCAGGGACCAUGACUCGAGCAAUUAUCUGAAGGCUGUGAACAGCAUUAUAAGGCAACGCACUAAGCUACUUGUCCGGAGAGUAAGAAAACAGAGGAGCCUGAUUUGGCCAUUAUUGGCUUCACAAUCUCCACACGCAUGGAGCCACGAGCGUGACAUAGAAACCAGAGGAAUAUUAAGAAAGGAAAUAAUGUCAGGCGUUUGAUUUCCUACCAAGAAUUCAUACCCCUUUCCUUGAGCCUUCUCUUGCUGCCAAAUUACAAAUCCAUUACAAGAGCUCAACUUCAUUUGAGAAUUUUUCCAGCCAAUUAGAGCCUCUAAGUUAUCCUACAAACCUAUGAUUUUGAUGGAACUAUACGAGGGAGAGAUGUUUCAGCCUAUUAUAUGAAGACCGUCGAAGUACGAUAUAGCAACAAAGUUCAGACAUAUCAGGAAAGCACAUAAGCGAAGCAGCCUUGGUAGGACUACUAUUGGUGCUGCAAUAUCUAAGUGCAUCGUGUUAGUAGCCAUACUGUGGGGAAAGGAGAAUAGAUAUAGUUACGACAUAAAUCAUAAGAGGAAAUACAGGAAAUGUUUCUAAGAGUUGUUAAGUUAUAUCACCUUGUAUAUAGUCUACCCAGUCAAAACACAUUGUCAAAUAAUUGUAUCAUGGAGAUAGUUGUUUAUAUUGUAAAUUAAAAUGUCAACUUGUGAGUUGUGAAGUCUUA